AUGUCCGUCCAACUGACUCACCACAUCCCGUGCUACGAUCCAAACAUCGCCGUCCCACUUUCCCUUCGCAGACAAACGUUUUCCGCGAGCGACACACUGCCGCCUCCUUCAGCCCGCCCGCGCUGCCUGAUUCCCCCUCCCCCCGGCUACCAGCGCGCGCCCCCCUGGCCGGAUAGCCUAUGGAGCGUGUGGCGGAACAACGUACCGCACUCUAAGAUGCUCAAGGACCCGCGGAACGUCCUGUGGAUGGAGCUACGUGGCAACACAUGGCAUUUUCCCGCACGCUUUGACGCUAUGCCCGAAGCGGACGGCGCGGAGCGGUACGUGGCGCAGCUGCGCAACUUCAUUCCGUUCGGGUCGCGCCUGCGCACGGCUCUCGACAUCGGCGCGGGGGUGGGGGGAUUCGCGGUGGAGCUGCUGCGCCAGGGCAUGAUCACUGUGUCGCUCGGCCCGCGCGACGGGUUCCGCGGGCAGGCGCAGUUUGCGCUCGAGCGCGGGCUGCCCGCGCUGGUGGGCAUCCUGGCGACGAUGCGCCUGCCGUUCCCGUCGCUCGCGUUCGACCUCGUGCACUGCUCGCACUGCCAGUCCCCUUCGGCCUCCCCAGUACGUGCGCCGCCACCCCGCGCUCUCUCGUGGCCUCUCGCGCAUCCCGCGCACCCCAUCCAGUGCCCUCGUGCUCUCGCACGCGAGAAGUUUGUUGCUCAUUUGAAUAGCAGGGUCCCUGAAUUCCCUUCCCCUCACCCGCCUUCCCUCCCCACAUUCCCCCCCUCCUCCCCCCAUUCAAUCCCCCCCCCCCUCUCUCUCCAGAACGGCACGCACCUGUUCGAGGGUGGCCGCGUGCUGCGCGCGGGGGGCGUCUUCGUGCUGGCGGGGCCGCCCGUGCGCUGGCCGGGCAGGGCGGCUGAGUGGCGCACGCUGCGCGAUAAGGCGCGCGCGCUGUGCUGGCGGCUGGUGCUGGUGGUGCCGCACGUAGCCAUCUGGCGGAAGAGCAGGGAGGGGGUUGAGGUGGCGGGCGGAAGCGGGGAAGCGGGGGGGAAAGAAGAUGGAGGGAGGGGCAGAGAGAAAGGAGGGGAGGGCGGAGAGAGAGGAGGAAGAGGCAGAGAGGGAGGAAGGAGUGGGGAGAGGGAGGAAGGAGGGGCGGAGAGGGAGGAGUUAGGGAGUGAUGUAACAGGCGAGGAGGAGGGAGAGGUGAAGCGGGAGGAGGGAGAGGAGAAGCGGGAGGAGGAGGGAGAGGAGAAGCGAGAGGAGGAGGCGGGCGGAGGGAGGGGCGAGAUGGGCGCGGAGGUGUGUGCGGCGGACGACCAGCCCGACGCCGUGUGGUGCGUGCCCCUGCUGCCACCGCCUGCCACUGCCUGCCAUGCCGCCGCCCUACCCCCCACCCGCCCACUGCGAUCAUGCACGCUGCACCUCCACCCUCGCCCCGCGCCCACCGUACUAGCCCCCCUUCCUCAACGACUCCUAUCUGCUUUCUCCUUUUCCUCGGCCCUCCUCCCAACCCACCCCCUUCAGGUACUCCCCCUUGCAGCUUGCGCCAUCCGCCCUCCCCCCUCCGCGUGGAGCCUCCCCCCCUGGCCGCAUCGCCUGUUGGUUCGCCUCCCCCGCAUCUACGACUCCCCCCUCAUGCACCCGCCCACAGAUCCGCCGCCCAACGCGGUGGAGGGGGGGUGCUGGGGGAAAGGGGGAAGAGAAGGAAGGACAAGGGAAGGGGGUCCGCAGAUGGGGGAGGAGAGGAGAUGCAAGAGGGCGAGGAAACGGGGCGAAAGAAGGGGGAAAAGUGGGUUGAAGGAGGGGGGGGAUAAGGCUGUGGAGCAGGUAAGGGAGAGCAACAGCACUGAGGCCCCUGUUGCUGCUGCUGCUGCUGCUGCCGCUGCGGCUGCUGGUGGUGUUGGUGGGCGGCGACUGCUCAGCUCUGAUGUGCAUGGCGCUGGUGGUGCUGCUCAUGGUGAAGGGGGGAGGGGGAGGGGAGGAGAGGGAGGAGGGGAAGGGGGGGAGGAGGAGAGGGAGGAGGGGAAGGGGGAGGAGGAGGAGAGGAGGAGGGGAAGGGGGGGGAGGAGGGAGAGGGAGGUGGGAAGUGAGGCAGACAGGACUGAGAGAGCAGCGGCAGGGCAGGAGGGGGAGGAGGGCGGCGACAUGCGCAAGGCGCUGAAGGAGGAGCAGCAGAAGUCACUCACCAUGCAAACGCAGCAACGCAGUCAGCAGUACAGCAAGCGUCAGAGCACGGGCAGGGCUCGCAGCACUGUCGCGCGGCGGCAGAACGCGCAUGAACAUGGAGAGCCGGGCGCUGCCUGGGCACACGACCGCCUGGCGCACCUACGAGGCGCUGUUCCUAACCACCUGCGGCCUGGCGGAAGGCACCCGGAAGACGGCGAGGGCGCUGAGGGGGACGGUGGGGAGGCCAAGGGGGAGAAGAGCGAGGAGAAGGGGAGGAGCAAGGAGGAGAGCAGGCCGGGGAAGGUGCGGAACGUGCUGGACAUGAAUGCGGGGGUGGGGUCGUUUGCGCGGCGGCGCUGCAGGGGAGGAGGAGGGAGGGGACGGGGGGAGCGAGUGUGGGUGAUGAACGUGGUGGCGCUGAGCAGUAGACUCAACACCCUGGCAGCCGUGUUUGACCGGCGGUGCUCGUGGGCACCCUGCAUGACUGGUGUGAGGCGUUCUCGUCGUACCCACGCGCAUACGACCUCGUGCAUUGGCAAGGCGUCUCCUCCUCCUUCCACCCGUGAGUCCCGCUGCCCUUUCUGCUGCCGUUGGAGGCGAGGCAUUGUUCGCUGGGAAGAGAUGGAGCACGAAGCACAUAGCGUGUCACAUCUUUCAUUUCAUGGGAAAGGUUUCUACUUUGUCAUUCUCCCCAACCCCCUCCGUGCCACUCCACAGGGACCGAUGUGA